CACCUGUACCACCAUCCGAUACUUAUGGUCUAAGGCGACUAUCAAGGGCGAGGGGAAUCCUUGACAUAACUCAUUCCUUUGUCCUCUGCAAUUCAUCAUUAUCAUCCGUUUCUUGGGUUGCGAGGGAGGUGACUCCGACCCCAAAAAUCCUGAUCCACCUUGAUCUCCAACAUGGACAAGGCCCGAAUGAGCACACGCCCAAGCGGAAGAUUGUAGAAACCGAGAGCCUGACCCAAAGGACGCGGAGGCAUAGGCCCCAACCACCAAAACUGGGUUCUUGACAGACCAAGUGACGCGUGUGUUUCCCCCGUCACUACCUUCUUCGGACCAGGUGGCCUCAUUGGAAAUUGUAAACAAUGACUUCCCUACCGUCCUCCUGGACCAACCGCAUGGCAGCACUCUCGACCCGUCGAUAUCUCAUAUGUCUCAUAGUCGUCCUGGCUGUACUCUUCCUCACCGCAGUGUACAAUUUUGGUGAUUCCUCUUAUAUUGGCCUAGGUUCCUCCUCCUCUUUCAGACCGGCCGACGAUUACAUUAUCGACCCUUCAGAAUCUCAAAGGCCACCACUUCCCUUUUACCCUCUGAACCCGGCGUCACCUUUCUCUUCCAGUGCCUCAUCUCUCUAUCCUCCAGAUAAGGACUUGCCUCGCGUGUUCUUGUUCUUACCUAUAAACUCUGCCGGAGCACAUGAGUCGCCUCGAUUUUGUCGAGCGAUUCAAGGUGCCAUAGCGAGCGGAUGGCAACCUAUCAUAUUCAAUUGGGAUGUUCAAGAACAAUACCAGAAGCACAAGCCAUUUGGCCUCAGAGAUAUUCUCAACUCUCCCAAAUAUACCGCUGGAAUCAAGGAAGAUGAUUUAAUCUUCAUGAUGGAUUCAUGGGAUGUCUGGCUACAGCUCUCACCGAGAGUCAUGGCGAGGAGAUUUCUGGAGUAUGAUGAGGAUAUAUUGGUCGCUGCGGAGAAGAAUUGUUUCCCGAAUUCUCCAGAAAGUCACGAUUGUAGAGACGUUCCAGCGUCUCCUGUGUUACCCGAGCUCUAUCUGGAGGAUGAGAAUCCUCACGAUCUGAACCCACUCGAGCUUUUGCCCAAACACGCCAAUUCUGGUACUAUCAUUGGCCGGCUUCACAAGAUGAGAGAGUUCUACAACAAUCUCACACAGUACAUGGAGAGCGAAGAGUAUUAUUGGUACGAUGAUCAAGGGGCAUUCAACAUUUGGCUAGCGGAUCGAAAAGUCAAGCUAGACUACUAUAAUCGACUCUUUUGGCCGGCACACGACGACUUCCACAACAUGCAGUUUCUCGGGACUCGAUAUCCCCCAGAUCCCUCUAUAUUCUACGACAUGGUCGAUGAUGAAGGAUCUGAGAUCCUCCCUUGGAGUCUUUACCCGCCAUUAGGACAUCACUCGUUGACAGGGCAGAUCCCCAUCGCGAUACAUUUCAACGGUGGAUCCAAGGAGCAUUUGGAGUAUUGGUGGGGGAAACUAUGGUGGUCUUCCGACAAGUCACGAUUCAAGCCUGUGGUGAGGCGUCGGAUGGACCAGGGCAAAAUUAGGUUCGUGACGGAGACGGGAUAUCGGCAAGAAUCAAUCCGAUCGUUAUGUCCUGAGCUGGAGAUAUGGUCUCAGGCCAGGUGAGGUGAGUGUGAGGGAACUGUGU